CGUAAAUGGCACCUAUGGGAGAGCGGAGAUAACAUGAAUUAGCUUCAAAUUGUUCUCACAGACGAGUGGAGUAAAGUGGACUCAGAGAGGAAGAGAGGAACAUGGACUGAAAAGAACUUCUGUACUUUGGGCGGAGUAACCGGCGAGGCAGCACGGUGGGGUCUCGAACGUCUCAUCUUUGCCAAUCCCAUCACUCGAGGCGACGCUCUCGCAAGUCCAGCUGCGCUCUGUGGCGCAAGAAGGGGUAAUCUGUACGAUACUUAAUUUAAAGGAUGAAGUCUGUUCUGAACAACGUCGGGUUUAUUCUGACUAUAAUUUAUCUGGAUUUAAAUAUUCCCCUAAUUUAUGGAACUCCGUCAAGAUAUAAUAUCUUUCAAGGCACUGCAUAUUCAGGCUCUUCUGCACCUCAGAGAAAUAAAAACUGGUGCGCUUAUGUGGUUCACAAGAACGUAACGUGUGCAGUUCUGGGAGCGACGGAGAGCGUUGUGGAGCCGGAACUCGCGCCUUGCCCGGUACACCAACCUGACUGUGCGCAGCGCAUGAUAUAUCGCACCCAUCUGAGGCAAAUGUAUAAGAUUGGCCAUAAACUGGUGACGGAGCUGGAGUGGAAGUGUUGCCCAGGCUACCAGGGCUAUGACUGCAUGGAGUUAAAGGAUGUGCCGCCUCACCUUAGAGAGUUGCAGCCAAACACACAACACAUCCCUGAUCAUAACAAGCAGGAGCCGAGCAUGCUGGGCCCUGAGAAGUUAGACUCCCUGCCUGGUGACCAGUGGGGUGGGCAGGGGGAGGUUCUUCCUUCCUGGGAAGAGCCAGGCCAGCGAGGGUCCGGAGGGACUCAGUCUAGCCACCCCUGGAUACAGCAGGGCAGCGGAGGAACUAAUGCUGGAAGAGGUCCAGGUAGGGCUGUGGUGUAA